GUUCGUUCUUGCGGUUUUGUGGCAGUUUCGGGCUUUAUUCAAAAGCCAACCAAAUCGCGUCUACUUCGUCGGCCCAAGAAGAAGGCAAGGAGCAAUCGCUGUUGACCCGUAAAACGAAACUAGCUAGAUCUAGAUUUUGCGUAGCCCAAUCCCUUAAAGUUCUUUGAACUUUUGACAAGACAAGGCUCCUGGCGGUUGUAUAACCCCAGUUUUUUGGUUGCACUUUAAAUGCAAUUACUUGAAUUUUAAUGGGCGCUAUUGAUUAUUUUACUUCCCCGGCGGUUUAGAGUAGGGGGGCGGGAACGAGUUGGAUCGAGUCAAUGUCUUUUCUGUCGCCCACACUGCGCUUAGAGAAUCUGGCCACGCAGCCCAUCAUGACACAGGAUCAUGUGCCCGAGGACCAGCGCUACAACAAACAGAAUAUAGUGGCCCAAUGGUGUGUCCCCAUCAAUGGCAAGAUGUACCGCAUCGAGCUGGAACAUGGCACAACUAGUGGGCGGCGCAUGAUUUGGGUCAAUGGUCGGGAGGUCCUGCGACGCGACUGGAUGUUCAAGCUGGUCGGUGAGGACACCUUUCACAUCGAUCAGUCCCGCUGCAUUAUACGCGUUGAUCCAGCACCUGGCUUCAAGUACGAGUACUCCCUGUACAUCGACGGCAAGUCGCACGACCAGUACACAGAGGACGUCACACGUCAGUACCGGCUCUGGCUCAGCACUGGCCACUCUUCGAGCACCUCCGAAACACCCGCCCAGGAGUAUCGAAUAAUGCUCAAGCUGGACACGCUGAGUCUGUACGUGAACGAUGACCUGCGCGAGGAGGAGUCUGUUUUCGUUCACGGCGGCACGGACACCAAGUUCAUGCUGCAGGACACGGAAUUCGUGCUGCAGGCACGCUCAAGUGGCAAUAAACAUGAUGGCAUUGUUCACACUCUGCUGGCCAACGGAGUGCCCGUGCCAGAGGCAAAGAUUCAGGAGAUUAUGCAAGAGCCCGUCUCCAUACUGCAGAAUAAUUGAUCCAUGAAUCGAUGCGAUACGAUACAAUACGAUAAUGUUUUGCAUUUGUUGAUUUUUUUCUCACUGUCAA